GCUUUCACAUGCAAAUCACGUGGAGGUGGCAUGAUUAGAUAAGCCAUGAUGGCGGUGUGUCAAACUGGCAGAAUACGGGCACGUUUUCUCGGGUCACGUUGCGAGCCAUCACGUUAUCGGAUACUAGCCACAGACACCAGCCACAGCAGCCUCCAGGCCAACAGAACAACGCCUUGACUUGGUUGGGUCUUUGAUGGUGAUAAUUGUCUCAAACUAAUUGUUAAACAGAGCGUUCCGCAUUCACGCUCACCUGCAAUCAAAUAUUGUCUUGGCGCAGAGAGGAUUGACCCUUGAUGACACUUUGACCGUGACCUUUGGAUACGCAAUCGCAAUGGACGACUUGAGCGGCCUCAACUGGAGCUCCAGUUCUCCAAAUGAGGCCCGGAAGCCUCCGCCAAUGAAUUCUGGUCUUUUAUUUCCUACCGUGAAACGCAAUGACGCUUCUGGCCGAUCCACCCCCGUCUCUGCUUCUCCCGGACCGUCAAACCCACCCUCGAAGGCUGCAACUCCAAGCGGGGAUAGUUUUGCAAACCUCGUUUCCUUCAGCUCCUCCAAUUCGAACAAGAACCUCACACUCCUAGAGCAGCAGAAGAGGCUCCAAGAGGAGAAGGCCAAAAAGGAGGCAGAGAACAAGGCCCGUUUCGAAACACAAUAUGGAGGACAGAACUCUCAAUUUUGGGACAGUCUGGAAAGGGGAGGGAGCAAUAAACCUACUGGAUCUAGUACGGUAUCUUCCCAACAGCGCAUAGAUUCUCCCGACGAAGAUGACCUCCUUGCGGCCUUCAACGCCUCGGCACCCGUCGAUGCCUCAACCCACUUUCCAGUUCCUAGUCCUAGCCCGUCCCCGCAAAUCGCCCUCAAGCCGUCGCAGUCUGCCACCGACGCGCCCAGCUCCUUGCGCCAAGAGGAUGGAAUGUCUUUCAAUGACGACGAUGACCCUUUUGGUCUGAAUCAGUUGAAGCCUAGGGCCCAGCCUGCUCCCCAGUCUUCUCAAACGGACGACGAUGAUUUCCUAGGCUUGCUGGGCAAGCCUGUAUCAGAACUUCCACCCCCAGAGCCACCGAAGAAAUCGCCUGGGCCCUCCGAGCGUCAACGACAUUCUCCCUCUCCCAGACCGAUGAAUGGGGUUGACCGCGCCAUAGCGGAGCUGGUUGAUAUGGGGUUCACUGCAGACAAAGCUAGCCAGGCUUUAAAGAUGACGUCGUCUGGCACUGAUGUCCAGGCUGCUGUUGGCUUGCUCCUUACCCAGGCCCAUGAAGAAUCUCGGGAAAGGUCGAAGAAUGGGCCAACGCCUACCGAUCGUCACACCAGCGAGUCGGGCCGGAGCAGGGAGCAAGGACAACGGCCGGAUCGCGAUAUGCCUUCAUGGAUGCAGCCAGAACGUUCUGGCUCGUCGAGAAGUCGCAACGACAACCGAUCCCCGUUAUCCGCAGAAAAGGACCCGUCGCAAAUUGCGGUCAACUUUGGUAACAAUUUACUGAAAACAGCAAACUCCCUGUGGAAGACUGGCACCAAGAAGGUUCAACAAUUGGCGAAUGAUUUUAAUGCGGACCAUGACCCAAGCCAGCCCCGGUGGAUGAGAGAGCCUUCCGCGCGUGAAGACCAUCCUAGUGAACACCCCCCCAAACCCCAGGCUCGCAAUGAUUUUACAGACGAGGCGCUCCUACUUGAGUCUGGCGACCCUCACCAACCGGCACGUAACCCUGUACGGCCGAAUGAUGAACCACCAGCCCGCGCAGGGAGCGGGCUACGAAACCAGCAGUCUCCUGCUGCUGAAAAUCGGAUGAAGCAGCCUGCUUUUAUGCAGCAGCGAUUGACUCCCGAGCCAAGAGAUGCAAAGUCCCGCCUCUCGAGGUUUGCAGCAGAAGAGCAAUCCGCCCAAGCGUAUGUAAGUCCCGCGCGUAGGAAACGACCAGCGGCCCAACCGUCUGCCCCUAAGCCUGUCCAGCGACCAACCCCGUCACCAUCAGCAGCACGCCCCGCGCGGACAUCGACGCCGUCUACAGCUCUGCCCACAAGACCUAAGGCUCCGCCUCGAGUCAUACCCCAAAUUUCUCAAAGCGCACUCGCAUCUACGCAUGGUCAACGAGAAAAGGCGGCCGCGGCCUACAAGAGAGGCGAUUACGCUGCUGCCCACGAAGCCUUCUCGGCGGCCUUGUCAUCGCUCCCUGAGAAGCAUCCCAUCAUCAUCGUUAUCCGCAGCAACCAUGCCAUGACAGCGCUCAAAAUCGGUGAGCCCAAGGUCGCAAUCCGCGACGCAGAUCUCAUCUUGGAGCUCAUCGGUCCUGCCAAGGGUGAGGCAGAGACCAUUGACCUGUGCAAUGGAGAGCCUCAUAAACCCAUGAAGGAUUUCUUCGGCAAAGCCUUGAUGCGCAAGGCGGAAGCCCUAGAACAGCUUGAACGAUGGGCAGACGCCGCCGAGGCAUGGAAGCAAGCAGUGGAGAGCGGCCACGGCGGAAGCACCAGUAUUCAAGGCCGCAACCGAUGCGAGAAAGCCGCUGGUAUCGGCAAACCAGCGGCCCCCAAGCCCUCAGCCGCACCGGCAAGACGACCUGCGCCGCCUGCUCCUAAGAAAGCAUCCGCACUGCAUGACCUGCAAGGUCACUCCCCUGUCUCCGGACAAUCCUCCGAGGCCGUCAGCCGCCUCAGAGCGGCCAACCAAGCCGCUGAGCGCACAGACGAGGAGAAAUUCGCUCUGACAGACAGCGUCGACGCGCGAUUGGCAGCGUGGAAGAACGGCAAACAGGACAACCUCCGAGCACUCCUAGCCAGUCUUGAUACCGUACUGUGGCCUGAAUCCGGAUGGAAGAAGAUCAACAUGUCCGAGUUAAUCAUGCCAAAUAAAGUCAAGGUCCAAUACAUGAAGGGGAUUGCCAAGGUGCAUCCGGACAAGAUUCCUACCGAUGCUACCACGGAGCAGCGCAUGAUUGCCGGAUCAGUAUUUGGUGUCUUGAACGAAGCAUGGGAUAAAUUCAAGGCAGAGAACAAUCUUUAAUAUCUCAGGUGACUUAUAUUAAACCAACAACCUACUUCUUUUUUUUCUCUUUAUCUCAAAUGUUGUUCUCUUAUUAUCUCCCACCCCCCUUUUUUUGUUUCUUGUUUCCUAUUAAUGAUUUAGCAUUUCUAUGUGCGCUGUGUGCGCCGUGCACUUCCUGAAACGGCGGUGCUAAUAAGAUAUCCCACGCCGCCAAGAUAUGCUGUAUAUAGAUAGAUAGACACAUAUUUUGCAUUUGACAUGAUGAAAAGAGCUUGUUCAUUUACUUGGGUUGCUUGGUUGUUUUCAUGUUGUCUUGGUUUUAUGAAUGUUAUAAUAUAUUACUUGCUUAUCAUGCACACUCAAUGAAUGUCCUGAUCCUGACUGAUCCUUGGUUAUAGUACUAGUACACAUAUUGAUUCCAACUGAUCAUUGUCCAAUGAAUCAAUUUACAUACAUACAUACAUACAUACAUAUAGAUAGAUAGAUAGAUA